AUGCCUACCCAAAUGCCACAAGUUGCGUACAAACGCAUAUCCAAACCCGAAGUUGGUGUCAACAACUAUCAAGGCUUCACACCUGGCAAAGUCGAAAUUGUGAAGAAGGGCGCCCGACCUUAUGGAGGCCGCGCCUUGGAGAGCGACAUUCGGAUAGAUCACGACGUUGAGAUCAAGGUCCGCGACGGUGUACGAUUGUACGCAGACAUCUAUCGACCUGCCGAUGCCAAAGACGAUGAAAAGUUACCAGCUGUCGUUAGUUGGUCGUGUUACGGAAAGAAAUAUUCUGCGCUUCACAUGCUACCAAUGUGUGUAUGGCAAUGCUGCGUACCCAAAGAGGCCUUGAGCGGCUUGGAGAAGUUUGAAGGUCUGGAUCCUGUAACUUGGUGCCCGCGCGGCUAUGCAAUUGUCUCUGUCGACUCUCGCGGCACAGGCGAUUCCGAUGGCUCAAUCCCACUGAUGGGCUCUCAAGACGCCGAAGACUGCUAUGAUGUUAUUGAAGCGCUUGCAGCAAUGCCGUGGAGCAAUGGCAAGGUUGGAAUGGCUGGAAACUCUGCACUUGCAAUCAUCCAAUGGCACGUCGCUUCGCUCCGGCCACCCCACCUUGCCGCCAUUGCACCCUGGGAAGGAUCAGGAGAUAUCUAUCGAGAGCAGUUCUGCCGCGGUGGCAUAUUCUCCAUGUCCAACUUUGAUCUUAUUACGAAAUUCAUCAUUAAAACCAACAACCCAAACGGUGGUAUCGAGGACAUGGCUGAAAUGUACCGAAGAUCCCCAGUUUCAAACGCCUACUGGGAAGACAAGCGACCGGACAUGACCCGAAUUCAGUGUCCGGUGUACAUCAGUGGGAGCGACUUUAGUAGUAUUCAUACUAUGGGUUCUGUGAGGGCGUGGCUCGAACUUCCUCACAACAACAAAUGGAUCCGAUGGAGUUCAUACCAAGAGUGGUACGAGCUGUACUGCGUCGAACACUCCCAUGAUGAGCUGCACAAGUACUUCGACUACUAUCUCAAAGGGAUUAGCAACGAUUGGGAGACAACUCCAAAGGUUCGAUGGUCAGCAUUGCAAUUUGGUGAUCAUGAUGCGAUCGACAACAUUGAAUACGCCGACUUUCCUAUACCGGACACUCAGUACCGAGCUUUCCACCUUUCCAAAUCAGGCCUCAGUGAGAAACCAGCCUCUGCGGAAGAAGUAGUUUCGUAUAAUUCCGAGGACUCCAAGUCAAUCGUAGAGUUUACUCAUACGUUUACCGAGAAGUCUCGACUGAUUGGACUACCAAAAGCCAUACUCUAUAUGUCCUGUCCUUCUCACGAUGACAUGAAUGUAUUCGUCAUAUUGCGGAAGCGAGACAAAAACGGCGAUCUUCUGAUGCAUCUGUGCUUUCCUUUCUCUGCAGUACCAGAGGAGAUCAAGAGCAUUGCAGAUAUUCCAGAGAAGGAUCGACAGAGUACCAAUUUACACAUGGGAAGUGUAGGUACUCUGCGUGCAAGCCACCGAAGUAUCAUCCCAGAAAAGUCAAUCCACGAGCAAUUCCCGUUCCACCCACAUGAUAUCGAGGAGAAGGUCACACCCGGUGAGAUAAUCAAGCUCGAGAUCGGAAUCUGGUCGAUGGGUGUAGACUUUGAAGAGGGACAAUCAAUCAGUGUUCAGGUCUCAGGAACAUUCCCAUCCAUUGCAGAAUACACUGCAUUUUCAACUGAGCGACCAGAAAGUGAGAGGAAUAGAGGAGAUCAUAGGGUUCAUAUCGGCCCUGAUACUCCUAGCCGUGUGAUUCUGCCUUUUGUCCCGUUGUAG